AAAUAAGGUCCAUUUGGUUCCAAAGUCUACGUUAUUCAAUCCCCUUUCACUGUCUAUAGAUUGUCGUAGAUUCCAUUUCUCACUCUACUGUUACGGGGCAAAUAAGUGGAAAAAAAAAGAGCGAAAUUCCUUUCAAAUUUAUGGUUUUUAAUUCCUCUACAUCAUCACAUUCCCCUUAACCCUCCCUCUUUCUGCUAAGGAUUUUAUUCGUUGGACUAUGCGAAUCCUUUUCUUGGCAUCUCUUCUGUUUCACAUGGUUUUUGGUUUCGCACCCAUAGACCAUAUAACAGUGAACCAGUGAUCAUAGUUGAAAGUUAAAUCCGUCUAAGGCUCAAAAUCUCUUCCAACGACCACUGGUUGAGUUUGCGAGUACUGGUGUGAAGAAAAUGACUGUGGAGACCAGAAUGGAUGAUCCCAGAGACCAGUUUCCUGUAGGGAUGCGUGUUCUUGCCGUUGACGAUGACCCAACUUGCCUCUUCGUGUUGGAAACUCUUCUUCGACGAUGCCAAUAUAACGUGACGACAACUAGUCAGGCAAUAACAGCAUUGAAGCUGUUGAGAGAAAACAAAAACAGGUUUGACCUGGUUAUCAGUGAUGUUCAUAUGCCAGACAUGGAUGGCUUUAAACUACUCGAGCAUGUAGGACUUGAGAUGGACUUACCAGUCAUAAUGUUGUCAGCAUAUGGUGACCCAAAGCUAGUGAUGAAGGGAAUUACUCAUGGAGCAUGUGAUUAUCUGUUGAAACCUGUUCGUAUGGAAGAGCUAAAGAACAUUUGGCAGCAUGUGAUCAGGAGGAGGAAGUUUGACUCUAAGGAGCAGAACAAUCCCCACAACCAAGACAAGCCUCAUGCAGGUAGCGGCAGCAGUCUAGGAUCAGCAGGAACAUACCAUAUAGAUCAAAAGAUGCCCAAGAAAAGGAAGGAUCAGAAUGAUGAUGAGGAGGACGUUGAUGAGGACCCGUCGACCCAGAAGAAGCCUCGGGUUGUCUGGACAGUUGAGCUGCAUCGCAAGUUUGUUGCUGCUGUUAAUCAGUUGGGCAUUGACAAGGCUGUACCUAAAAAGAUUCUUGAUUUGAUGAAUGUUGAGAAGCUUACUAGGGAGAAUGUGGCUAGCCAUCUCCAGAAAUAUAGGCUCUAUCUGAAAAGAAUCAGUUGUGUAGCGAACCAACAGGCUAAUCUGGUGGCAGCCUUAGGUACUGCAGAUCAAUCGUUUUGGAGAAUGGGCUCUUUGAGUGGGCUCAGCCAUUUGCAAACAUUGAGUGCUCCUGGACAGUUUCAGAACAAUGUUUUCAGAUCCCUCCCAUCUAUUAGGGCAAUUGGUCGAUUCAACUCUCCUGCUGGCCUGGGCGUGCAUGGACUGCCUUCUUCAAGAAAUAUUCAGUUUGGCUGUGCGCAGAACUUAAACAAUUCUAUGAAUGACCCACUCAAGUUCCAGUCAACCAUUGUUCAUGGUAACCAAAAUGGCAAUGCAGUUCGGGGAACAAUAGGGUAUACCGAGAGUAAUCAAUUACAACACCAUAAGCAUAAAAGCAUUAGUUCUUCUCAUGACAUGACCAAUGCUAUUGAUGUUGAUGAUAAAAUAAUGUUAGCCAUCUCUAGUCAACCACUUGAUCCAACACAAAUAGUAACUGCUAGCUGCCCACUCACCCCACUUCAGAGUGUAGAAGACAACUCCUUUAUGGUAGCAGCACAUCCUGAAAACACACAAGGGGGCAGAGCAUAUGAGAAUUUAUCUUCAAUAGAUGCUCAACGUUCAGAAAUUUCUUGCUCUUUGCUGGAUCAUAGGUGUUGUGGUGAUGAUUGGUCCGAUGGUGUGCAGUCAUCUGAAAUCCUGCCAAAUUCUUACCCACCAACUGGGUGUUCUAGACCAAUGGUUGUAUCUCCAACGGAGAACUUGACUGCUACACCGUUGCGUGUUGGGAAUCCAAGUGAUGCUUCAUCCGUCACUUUCAUGUACAGCCAACCCCAAGAUGUAACAGCAAAUUCGAAUUCCCAAGGAGACAUUUUUGCUAAUACUUCCGGGCACAUAAGCAGUAACGUACCCUUUCAAGGGUGGGAUGACCGAAGUCAGGAUUCUGCUUACCGUUCAAAUGUUAUUUGUAGCUCUGCAAACUCUCUGAUUCCUGUAAAUGGUAGUGUUAGUGGACCAGCUAGUCCUUCACCAACAGACCCAGCCUUGUGCAGAAACUUGGUCUUCAAUUGUGGUAAUCCCACACAAACUAAGCAUCAUGGAGUGGCAAAACUAGCUGAAGAGAUCCUGUUGAGACAAGGUCAAGGGUAUCUCAUAGACGCGCAGAAGGCGCAACAGAGUCACAUCAAUAGCAAUCUUGGUUCACUGGAUGAUUUAGUCGGUUCAAUGAUGAAACAGGAUGAAGACAAGGUGAAAUUAUUGAAUGGAGACUUAAUAUGUAAUAAUUACACCGUGGGGACAUCUAUGUGACAGCAUUUUGGCACCUUAUAUAAGCAUCAUGCUUGUUGGCGAAUUUUGUAGUUUCAGAUAUAUUCUCUUGGAGUUCUAGUUUUCUGUAGGCCUAGCCUCUUUCAGAUUACUCUCUGACAUGUAAUAUAAGGGCUUUCUCUUACUUUAUGAAAUUGCAUUGUUGUCUUGUCCAUGGGUCUGACAGUGCAUUAUGGAAUAAAUUAUGUCGUUUUAGCAGACA